AGACCACACAUUGAACAGUAAACUGCGCCACAAAGACAAAUAGCACUUGCCCCUAUCAUCAGUAGAGCAGGCAAACCGAACACCGCCUCCAACGAGCGCCACACCACAAACAUGAAGUUCUUCUUUGCAUCCAUGAUAAUCUGCAGCCUUGCAGCUCUUGCUGAUACCACGCCUGUCCCUGAUGUCGGCAGUUCGGGUGUUGCCUUUAUGACCAAGACGUGUCGCUCGACUGGUAUGAGCGGUGGCUGCUCCGCAAGUAUUGACUCAGGUAAAGGAUUCUGCUGUGAGUAUCCCUGGCUGUCGAGCACUCCUCGUACUGACCACAACUGCGAUAGUGAACUAUGCUUACGGCUUCAAGUCGGCCAAGGUGUAUGACCACUUCCAGUGCCAAUUUUACUCGUAAGACCUUGCUGUAGCUUGCUGCUUGAGAGAAAGAAAGAAAGAAAGAAGGAAAGAAAACUGAUAAUAUCACAUAUAGAGACGUCGACUGUGGUGGCACAUCAAAGACGUUCAAGGCAGGGACUUACCCGAACAUUGGCAUGACUGGCAAGUCGUUUCGAUGCUGAAGCCAACGAGCUGCGAUUUCUCGAGCUGACACAGUAAAUGGGAGUCAAGGGAAUUUAGCAUAGACAAUCUGAACAGACCAAACCAAACCAAACCAGACCAAACCAAACAAAACAAAACACCUGAGCUCGUUUCUUUGCUGUUCGUGGUUGACUCGGCACUAUGAUAUGACGGCACUCACUACGGUAUUACAUACUGCACUGUGUAAGCUUGGUAACUUACUAUGCAAGCGAAAGUAUGCAGUAUGCAAGCUACGAGAGGCUAGUUCCAGUCUAGACUGACUGGGCUAGUCUAACCCAGAACGAGCUU